AUUCUGCGCGAUGGACCCCAGUAUACUCGCAGCAAUGGACAAAGAAGCACUGAAGAAGCAGAUUGAAAACAUGAAGUACCAGGCUUCUAUGGACCGUUGGCCGCUAUCCAGGAGCAUCGCAGCGAUGAGGGAGUAUGUCGAAGAGAAUGAAAAGAACGACCCCCUGAUACACGCUCCGGACAAAAAGAACAACCCUUGGGCCGAAAAAGGAAAAUGCAUUAUUAUGUAAACGAAAAUACAAUUAAAAAAUAAAUUAAAAUUAAGAUGAAUGAAAAAAAAAACAAUUAAAUAUCAUCAAAUUUACGUGCAAUUUAAAAAAAAAAUGUCUGGUGAGAUGCAACGACUUGGAAUACUCAGUAUUGCUCAAGGACUCAGUGUUUAUUGAGUACUAGAAGCCAGACAAUAGGAACACUGCGAUUAGAAGAAAGAAAAGGACAAAAGAAAUUUAACACAAUUAUUGUUUUCAUCUAAUAAUCUUUUUUUUUUUAAACGAAUCUAGUCGUAAAUCUAAAGAUGUACAUUUAAUAUCGUGCUAAUUAAUCAAGAAAAAAAUAUUAAUAUUAUUAUUAUGUUGGUAAAUGAGACGUUUAGAAAUGGUUGUAAAUACGUUGCGUUUUGUAUUUCAUAGUAAAAUAGAAAGUUUGGGCGUGAAAAUAUCGUAUUGAUAAAGUAAUGACGGGAAAGUGCGAACAAAAGAAUCUAUCCAUCAUUUUGGGCAACCGCAUCGUCUCGGAGAAUGUGUCUUGAAAUUCAAUUUGACAAUGAAAGUUUUAGUUUCAACUCCCGAUGAAUCCACAACGAUUCCACAUAAACACAACAAGCAACUUCCUCUUUCAUUGUUUGAGUGGAUUCCGCGUGGAUUCUAAAAAAUCAUAAUCACCUUAUUUCGAUCGUGCGAACGGACUCCGCCAUUGAGAUAUUAGAACGUAAACAAAUAUGAAGACUCUAAGAGCUCUCGAGUCUUCAUAUUUAUAAUAUUUAUAUUAAAAAAAAACAAUUAAAUAGGUUAAAAGCAUUUCACAACUUAAUGUGUAUUCGAAGGUACAUAGAGACGUUCGCGACUUUAAAUAUUGGCAAUAAAAAAAUAUAGAAGAAAAUAAUAGCGUACGUUAAAAAUGUAGUUAUUUUAAAUAUAAGAUUUAAUAAAAAAUUAUCCAACGUAAUCUCGUUCGAAAGAAAUAAUUAUAAGUGUUUCUUUUUUUUUUCUUUCUUACAAAUGUUGCCAGUAGUGACGCUUCUAAAAUUAGCUAAGCAAAACUCUUUUUUCUCACUUCUAAAAUUUAUAUAAUCUAUCUCCUGGCUUCUGUGGUUCGUUUCGAAUAAAAUGAACCUUAUAAAAAAAAUGAAAAUUAAAAGUAUUGAGUAAUAACUUAAAACAGUAGACUUUAUCUAGUUCGAUAGGGACAUUCGGAGGAGUUUAAGGCGUUGUUAUCAAAAGCUCGUAGCUUCCUCUGUAAACUUCUAAAUUGUAAUCUAAGAUUUCCAGGUUCGGGAGUAUUCAGACUAUUCCCCGGGGGGUUUUGUUGCCAAAAUCUCCUAAUGAAAAGUUUGAGUGCGUCGGAACCUUUUAGAGCGUAAAAUCCAUUCAAAGGAUUAAACUUAAAAGAGCCCUAAAAUUUUUCGAUUUAAAUAGAGAAUUUAAACUUAUGCACUGUAGAGUUAGAGAAUUAAAAAAAUAAAUAUAAAAAAAAUCUUAAAAAAAAAAAUACCCUUCCCAUAUAGCAUAUCUAAGCGUGGAAUGCGAAAGAUCAUACUGGCUGUGAGUAAUUCCAAUUUGUUUAAUCGCUUCUACUCUAAGAUAUAGGCGGACAUUGAAACAUCGACAAUAAACUGCGCGCUCAUGUUUCGGCAUCCAAAGCUGUCAUCCACCACCGCAUCCCAUCAACUCAAUAUUUCAUAGACAAAUAAUAUUAUUAAUUUUAGAUUUUUUUUUUAGAAAAUAAAAAGUAGGUUUUAGUCUUAAAUUUAAGAAUAAAGUAACGGUUUAAAGUUCAGAGCAUUAAUUAAGGAUUAAUUAAAAUGAAAAGGAAUAUUUAAUUAAAAGACCUCUAGUGUUUAAAUAAGGGAUCUGUUUUGCAGUAUCAUUUGAUGGCGAAGUUUGUUCCUUACGUAAAUAUAACAUAACAAUAGAAAUUCAAGACACAACUCGACGAUAAAAAGUUAAUUUGUUUUGGUUCGUAUUUUUUUUUUAUGAAACUAAUUUCCAAAGAUUAUGUAUUGCGUUGUUCUGCAUUAUUUAAAUUAUUAAUUAUUUUAAAACUUUACAAUUAUCAUUCGAGAAAAACAAAUAACAAUAUGUAAGGAGAUGACGGUAUUGGAAAUGAUUUUUUUAGAAUCAAUAGUUAUUAAGAUAUCGUAUGUUAUAAAUAAUUAUGUAUGAGUAAUCACUGAAAUAAAUGAAAAAAAAGUCUU